UACUGUCAAAAUAUUUAAGGUUUGAUAUAGUUUAUACAAACCGUGUGCCAGAAGUUUUAUUCAAAGAAUAUUCAUUUAAAUAAUGUCUGAAUCAAAGAAAAGAGUUGCCGAUUCGGGUGGUUCGACUCAAGCAAAAAAGCCAAAGUUUGAAAAGAAAUCAGCCCCGAAAUUUAAUUCAGAAAAAAGUGGAAAUCCGUUCAAGAAUUCAGGAAAUAAAUUUGGUAAGCCAAAUAACAAAUUUCAGAAGCCAAACGGCAAAUUCCAAGGAAAAUUUCAAAAACCGGCUCCAAACAAAUUCGACAAGUCUGAUGGCCAAACACAGCCGGCUGGGACCGAAAAAAAAGACUGGAACAAGUUUAAGCAAGAGAAGAAAGAAUUGCGUUUAAAGCGAAAGGCAGCACGAAUCGGAUUUGAUAAAGUUCAUGAAGCGAAGCAACUUUACGAGAAACUAAAAUGCAAAUCAACCGAAAACAAAGCCGAACUUUGUCGUGAACUUCACAAAGUGUUCAAAGACGCAGAAACAUACCAAAAGAUGGUAAUGGCACAUGAUACAACUCGUAUUGUUCAAUGUAUGUUGAAAAGAGCUCCAGCUGAAAUUUGCCAACAAAUCUCUGAGGCUCUCAUUCCCGUUGUCAGCAAGCUGGCCAUUUGUGAUUAUGCUCACUUUGUUGUACCACGCCUAUUGAAAUAUGGGUCCGCGGAAAUUAAGCGCAAAGUAAUUGAAGCCACAUAUGGAAAUGUGUUUUCGAUGUUGAGCCGACCAAAAUCGACAUCAAUCAUUGAUUCAAUUUAUCUAUCGUAUGCAAGUAGCCAACAAAAGGCUUUGAUGCGACAAGAAUUGUAUGGCGAUCUUUAUAAAAAGGCCAAAGAUAAAACGGUUAAAUGUAUAAAAGAUACUUACAAGAAUGCGCCACACGAAAAACCAGUGGUUCUGGGUUCAGUCAAAAGUAACUUGAAUCAUAUUGCUAAUAAAACAUUAGUUGAUAACAGUUUGGUUCAUGCUGUGUUGCUCGACUAUUUGAGUGAAUGUAAUGAGGAGGACAGAGGUGAAAUUAUUGCAGACUUUUUGCCACACAUUGCAGCAUUGGCAAGUACCAAGGAUGGCGUAAGAGCUGCCAUGUUUUGUUUCUGGCACUCGAUUGUCAAAGAUCGACGGGCUAUCUUAAAAUCGGUGCGUGAGCAUCUCAUCAAACUAUGUACACAUGAACAUGGUCAUGUAUUCAUAUUGACUAUUAUCAAUUCAACGGAUGAUACAAAAGCAUUGAAAAAAUCAAUUUUUGAUCCAAUUUUCGCUGAAAUUGAAUCGGUGGCUGCCAACGAAUGGGGAAGAAAGGUGAUUGACUGGUUUGUUGCACCUGAAGACAGAGCACGCUUCCAUCCCCAAGUUAUUGGACUUAUCGAAGAAGGUUUGCAAUAUAGUAAAAAAGACAAGGAAGUUCGCCGUACUGAACUCUUGGAGCAAAUUAGUGAACCAUUGUGUAAAACAAUUAUCGAAAAUCCAUAUUUCUGGUUGCGUGGUGGUCACAUUGCUAUUACAACAUUGAAUAUUCUGAAAAACUGUAAGCAUGAUCAGGCACAAAAGAAAGCCUUAGAAGCUGUUGCCGAUGUAAUUUGUAAUGUCGAUUGGAAAGUCACGCCUAAAGAGGUUGAAGAAGAAAACAAAGAAGUUGCCGAAAUUAAGAAAAAACUUGAAGCCAAGACCGAAGAAUCUAAAGAUAAAAAGGAUAUACCGGAAUUGGUACUUGGUGUCGAACAUGCUGGUUUGCAUAUAGCGCUCAAAAAGAUUAUGAAAAUUGAACAAUUUCCAGCAGCACUGGCAACAAAAUUGACAGAAGAAGUGGUCGAAAAUUGGCUACCAUUGAAUCGUGCCACAUUCUUAUUGAUCAAAGCAUAUGAAGGUGGUGAUGAAGAAGUGCAGCAAAAAAUCAAAUCAUUGGUUACAAAACAGAAAAAAUUGCUGAAAACACACAAUCACGCAGGGUCAAAAAUUUUAACUGAACUACUCGGUUUGAAAUAAGACUAAUGUCAAGAUCAAAAAGUUAUAUUUUGUUAUUUUUAAUCUUUGAAUAAAAAUCGAUAUCAAUACAAUGUAUGUAUUAAAUUGAAAA